AUGUUUUUUAACGAUACUGCCUCGUUUCCUUCCUCCUCCUCUAGCAGCAGCCCCAGCAUUAGCAGCGUUGGCUCCGGCACAGGGUCCAUAGCUCCUGAGGGCACAGAGGAGCCAGGGCGCAACGCUAGUCAGAAUGGGACCUUGAGCGAGGGGCAAGGGAGCGCCAUCCUUAUAUCCUUCAUCUAUUCCGUAGUUUGUGUCGUGGGGCUCUGCGGCAACUCAAUGGUUAUCUAUGUGAUCCUACGUUACGCCAAAAUGAAGACGGCCACCAAUAUCUACAUUCUUAACCUGGCCAUCGCAGAUGAGCUGCUCAUGCUGAGCGUCCCCUUUCUAGUUACCUCCACGUUGCUGCACCACUGGCCCUUCGGCGCACUGCUCUGCCGCCUGGUGCUUAGUGUGGAUGCAGUCAACAUGUUCACUAGUAUCUACUGCCUAACAGUGCUCAGCGUGGACCGCUAUGUGGCUGUGGUGCACCCGAUCAAGGCUGCCCGCUACCGUCGGCCCACAGUUGCCAAGGUAGUAAACCUGGGAGUAUGGGUGCUCUCACUAGUGGUCAUCCUGCCUAUCAUAGUCUUCUCCCGCACUGCUGCCAAUAGUGAUGGCACGGUGGCCUGCAAUAUGCUUAUGCCAGAGCCAGCUCAGAGCUGGCUUGUAGGUUUCGUCCUGUAUACUUUUCUUAUGGGUUUUCUCCUCCCAGUCGGGGCCAUCUGUUUGUGUUAUGUGCUCAUCAUUGCCAAAAUUCGCAUGGUAGCCCUCAAAGCCGGCUGGCAACAACGCAGGCGCUCAGAGCGUAAAAUCACCCUGAUGGUGAUGAUGGUAGUGAUGGUUUUUGUCAUUUGCUGGAUGCCCUUCUAUGUGGUGCAAUUGGUUAAUGUCUUUGCUGAACAGGACGAUGCUACUGUGAGCCAGCUCUCAGUCAUCCUGGGCUAUGCUAACAGUUGUGCCAACCCUAUCCUCUACGGCUUCCUCUCAGACAACUUCAAGCGCUCCUUCCAGCGCAUCCUCUGCCUUAGCUGGAUGGAAAACACAGAGGAACCGCUUGACUACUACGCCACCGCCCUCAAAAGUCGAGGAUACAGCGUGGAGGACUACCAACCAGACAACGUGGAGUCCAGAGGCAUCUAUGGCAACGGGACCUGCACCUCCAGAAUUAGCACCCUUUAA